GACCUGCGGUCGUGACGGAGAGUUCACAGAUCAGUUUUAUUUUUCUGUUCUUUUUCCAGUUCCAGUCCAGUGUUUGGGUCGGAGCGACUCCUCUGACCUGUUUUUGUUGAUAAAUUAUCUGCACGCCAUGGAGCAGGAACGCCUGAACGCCACCAUCGACCCGGCCUGUUUAGGGGAGCCCCCGCUGGCCAUCGACAUCAUUACACGUAAGUGACCGGUCCUCAGAGUAUUUGUAACACCACACUGUAGUACUACAUACCAGUGGUUCCCAAACUGGAGGGUGGCACCCACUACUGGGGUCAUGGAAUCCUAGUGGUGGAAUGAGGAAAUGCAGAGGGCUGCAAAGAAAGAAAAGAAAAAAAAAUGUUUGGACCGACAAUGACACUGACAUGAAUAAACACAGACACAUCAACAGUCCUGUCCUAACGUCUGCCAAUUUGGUACAUGUCUGGAGCCCAGAGCCACGUGUUGGCCCUAUGUGUGCGUUGACUGUGAUGUCGUUCUUCUUUGUCCUGUUGAGUGCAGAGCUGGACGUGUUCGGGGUCUGUCUGUACUCCAUGCUGACCUUCAUGUCCAGCGUCUCUCUGCUGCUGUACCUGGAACAGUGUGUGUACAUUUACAAAAAACUGCCCUCCCCCAAGAAGACCAUCAUUAUGUGGAUCAACGGUGCAGCUCCAGUGAUUUCCACCAUGGCCUGUUUGGGGAUGUGGAUUCCAAAGGCCGUCAUGUUCACAGACAUGACCUCAAACUGUUAUUUUGCCGUGGUGGUCUAUAAGGUCCUGGUCCUCCUGGUGGAGGAGUUGGGAGGACACGCUGUGUUUCUGAAGCGUUUCUCUGGUCAAACCUUUAAGAUCAGUACUGGACCCUGCUGCUGCUGCUGCCCCUGUCUGCCCCAGGUGCCCAUGUCAGGGAGACUUCUGUUCUGGCUGAAGGCUGGAGCGCUACAGUACGCCAUCCUGAAGACCGUCCUCUCCGUCCUCUCUGUCGUCCUGUGGACAAACGGAAACUUUGACCUUUCAGACCUAGAGGUCACUGGAGCGGCCAUCUGGAUCAACCCCUUGGUGGGUGUCUUCACCCUCAUCUCCCUCUGGCCGGUGGCCAUCGUCUUCAUGAACACCAACGGUCACCUCCGCAGCCUCAACAUCGUACCCAAAUACGCCAUGUACCAGCUGGUCCUGGUGUUAAGUCAACUGCAGACAUCCAUCAUCAACAUCCUGGCCCUGGACGGAACCAUCGCCUGCGCCCCUCCCUUCUCUUCUCAAGCUCGAGCGUCCAUGUUGAACCAGCAGAUGAUGGUCAUGGAGAUGUUCAUCAUCACUCUGGUCACUCGCUCUCUGUACCGACGCACGUACGACGCGCUGCGCUCCGAGUCACAUGACGGUGAGAAGAACCCUGGUGUCCUCCUGGAGCAGGACAUCUGACAGAAGAACAGGAGACGAGGUCACAUCUGUCUCCUCCUCCCCCUCCCUCCCCCUCCUCCCUCCCUUCAUUUACACACACAUUCACAGCUACAGUACAUCAGCAGGACCAGUUCUUUGUCACGUGUUGUUGUUUUUCACGUUGUACAGAAAACACACAUCGAUGUUUCAGUAAAGUUUAUAGUUUGACUCACACUGAAGCCCUGACGUCACUGGUCACUGGUCACUGACAUGGAGGUCUCAGAUCUUCAAACCCUGGUCCUCAGUGGACUGAAGAGCUGAAGGAUCCAGGACUUCUUCAAACCUGAAAACAUCACAUCAUGUGACUCAAAGUUGUUGUUGUUUUUUUACCUGUUUACUGUUCAGUUGUUCUUGUUGUUUCCUGUUGUUGUUCCAAACCUUUUUGUAAAAAAUAAAAAACAAAAAUAA